UGAUGAUUGAAUUGAAUCGAAGAAGAUUAGAAGAGAGCAUGGGUCUCUGUGAAGAAGAUAACGUAGUGAGCCAUGUUUCAUUCUGGAGCUGACGUCACUCUCUGAGGAAACCGUGAUUCAAGGAUCUUUCUUCUCUGAUUUUUUUUUACUUUCUCUCUCUCUCUCUCUCUCUCUCUCUCUCUUAGUAUAUAUAUAAGUUGAAGCUCUCUUCAGUUAUGUCUACGGCUUCUUGGAUUCAACCUCCUUGUAGAUACUUACCGGAGGAUCGUGGCGGUGGUUUCGCUAACCGAGGACGGCAGUAUUCCGGCGUCGUUUUAGCUGCUGCUUCUUCUUCUUCAUCGCCGUCGUCAUCCUCAUCCUCCUCGUGCUCCUGUGGUUACUCUGAUAUUUUGAAUUUCGAUUUCGGGGGGUUAAGCAGAAGCUGGAACCAACAACAGGGACUCAGGAGGGUUCAAGCAAUGAGUGCCACGGCUCAACGUAAUUUUUCGCUAUCCAAAGGCGACAAUGAUGACAAAAUUGAACCUGAUCAUCUUCUUGUUCUUGUUCACGGUAUUUUGGCCAGUCCCAGUGACUGGCUCUACGUAGAAGCUGAGAUGAAAAGACGCCUUGGCAGAAGAUUCUUGAUUUAUGCAAGUUCUUCCAAUACCUUCACUAAAACAUUUGGCGGGGUCGAUGGAGCUGGAAAACGACUAGCAGAAGAGGUUAGACAAGUUGUCCAAAAGAGCAAGAGCUUAAAAAAGAUUUCCUUUUUGGCACACUCCCUCGGUGGCUUAUUCGCUAGACAUGCUGUUGCUGUUCUUUACUCAGCAGCAAUUUCACAAGCCAUUGAUGGUACUGUCUCUAAAUCUGGAAAUCUUCUUCGAGGUAGGAUUGCUGGGCUGGAACCGAUUAAUUUCAUCACCUUGGCAACACCUCAUCUAGGAGUGAGAGGCAGAAAGCAGCUGCCUUUUCUGUUGGGAGUUCCUAUUCUAGAAAAACUUGCUGCACCGAUAGCUCCGUUCUUUGUUGGUCGGACUGGUAGCCAGUUGUUCCUCACCGAUGGUAAAGCUGAUAAACCACCUCUUCUUUUGAGGAUGGCAUCUGAUAGUCAUGAUCUGAAAUUUUUAUCGUCUCUGGGGGCGUUUCGAAGCCGCAUCAUAUAUGCAAAUGUAUCUUAUGACCACAUGGUUGGUUGGCGUACAUCUUCCAUAAGGAGAGAAACUGAACUUUUCAAGCCUCCACGCCGGUCUCUGGAUGGAUACAAGCAUGUUGUCGAUGUAGAAUACUGUCCACCUCUUUCAUCAGACGGAGCUCAUUUCCCUCCAGAAGCUGCUAAAGCCAAGGAGGCCGCACAAAGCUCGCCGAGCCCUCAGAACACACUUGAGUAUCAUGAAAUCGUGGAAGAGGAAAUGAUCCGCGGUCUGCAGACUUUAGGGUGGAAGAAAGUUGAUGUCAGCUUCCACUCCACAUUCUGGCCUUACUUAGCACAUAACAACAUUCACGUGAAAAGUGAAAGACUAUACAAAGCAGGAGCUGGAGUUGUUGCGCAUGUUGCAGAUAGCAUAAAACAGCAAGAGUCGUCCACGUUUAUAACCGCCAGCUUAUAAAAUCGUGAGCUGUCGAGUGUUUUAACCGGUUAAGUGUUGAGUGUGCCGAAACAUUUGAACCAUACAUGUUUUUCUCUUACUAUACAGUUCGGGGAGAUCAGCGCAGAUCAAGAAAACGUUCUUGAUCAUAUUUUUGGCUGGCCAAAUCAAAGACAAGUACAAUUCAAAUUCAUCUGUACAUGAUUUUCUUGUAUUAGCUUUCCAAGCAAUGAUACAACACUUGAAAGAUAUUAUUAUAGAAUUCAGGUUUCCCUGCAGUUUUUUUUUUUUUUCAAGUAGAUCCUCAACAGUUCAAGUCUUGUAAAAUUUUUGUUUCCCAAGUCAAAAUUACAGAUUCAGUUGAAGACUCUU